UCGGAACGUGACGUCGCGCGGUCCUGCUCGCGGGGCUGCGUACUCGCUGGACCGGAGUGCGCGUGCCGCGUUAUCGGGAAACGAAAUAACGUGGGAGAGCAUCGAGACACCUGUUCGCCAGCCACUGAAGAAAACGUUGGUGCUCGACCACGGGCGCUGUUCGUAGCCAUGUCUCCUGCGAGAUCUCCGUUGUGGAUAUCCAUCUCCGAGUAAGACUGUCUGGAGCAGCCAGUCAGCUGUCGCUCCGCGCAUGCACGCGGCGACGAGAGCGCUUCCGUUUUGCAAUGGAAACGAGGGGGUGAAAGCUUUUCCUUCCACCUUCAUUCAAAUGUAAACGACGGGUGCCACCUUCGUCGGUCGCGCCGGGCCAGCGUAAACGCCCCUGGGGUCAUCUGGAAUCCACCGGAAGUGCCGCGCUUUCACGCGUUCGGCGGAAUUUCACGCUCUUGCUGCCUCAAGCUACACGCAAACUCUCCAUCGCCGCCUCUCGUAUGCUUACCGAGCCUCGGCUUCAGUGGAGACGUUGACAUGGUAAUUUAUUCAACACAGUUGUGCUAUUGAACACUUCUUCUGUUCGCCCCAUGGUGAAGUUCUAACCCCCCAGGAGUGAACCGGCCGAGUAAACAAGUGCUACACUCACGCCACACGAAAUGUACGAAAUCGCCGAGAUGGUGUUGAACCUGCGUGUCUCUCUUUCCGCCACUUCCCCGAUGGCUCUCCAGAGCUGCUGGACUGACAAACCUUUGAGAAAACACGACGCAGGAAGCAGCUGCACAACUAGACGACAGCUCUCUCACCAGCGAGGUCUAGGAAUCUGAAGAGGCCUUCAGUAAUGACUGAGCUUCCCCAACACCGUCGUGCGUCCCUUGUGGUUCAGGUGGUGUUGUUGUGUGCGUGCUUCUGCCUACAACCCCUGGGGACGAAAGGUCGCGCGGAGACUUCGCCUGCGUGCAAGUUGUACGAAUUUUCAUGUGACAACGGGAAGUGCGUGGGUCCGAACCGCUACUGCGAUGGCACCGAUGACUGCGGAGAUGGGAGUGAUGAACCCGUCGCCUGCUCAAACUGCAACCGCACCUACUACGGCCAACAAGGCGCCAAGUACGCACUGCGCAUGAGUGAACCCUUUCAACGUCACCUGUCGUUCGUGUGUCGGAUGGAGUUCGUCGCUGCUGGUGGGGAGAUGGGAGACCUCGUGGAGAUCUCUUUCCUUUCCUUCCAAGUGGGAUUCUACCACCGUGCCAGCAACUCCAGUCCCAGCUGCCUGCAAGGCCAUAUGCAAGUCUCCGAAGAGCUCGAGAGAAACGCGCUGGCAGUGACGAGGCAGCCGUAUGUUCUGCAGGCCCUGCUUCUCACGAAGGAGCGCCCUCACCACCGUAGUCACCACAACACAAUUGCACGGCUAGCUUCGCCAGAUCGAGGAUCAUCUCCUCAAGUCCCACAUGUUAACAUCAGCCCUCUAGAGUUUGGUGGGUUUUGUGGGAGCCUCGUUGGUCGAAGUGCCGCCUUUUACAGCUCGCGUCCAAACGUGAGUCUAACUGUAACAUUUCCCGUCACGUCUACCAUCAAUAUGGCCACAGCAGGAGUGUUCCUCACUUAUCGCUUCCUGAAGAGGGCUGAAUCCCACCGUGACAGCGUAUACUACGGCGAUAAAGUAGCCGGAAGCUACUGCGACCGUGUGCUGACCAACUGCCACGAACAAAACUGUCGAGUUCGUUCACCGAAUUAUCCGGGUUUCUACUUGAGGAACGUCACCUGCACUUACCACGUCCACCAGACAUACUCGCCUCCAGGAAGAGUUGCACAGAUUGUGUUCCACCAGAAGAAUGAGUACAAGAUUAGCAUUCACAGUGGAUUAGCAAAUGCUGGCGGUAUUCUGGCCCUGACGACGGAAUGUGCCGGUGACGUGGUGCAGAUAUUAGACGGUGCUCCCGGCAGUGAACGUGAUGCGGUGGUGCUACUUCAGUUCUGCGGAUCUGGUCAACUUCCUGAAGUCAUUUCCUCUGGACCAGACGCUACUGUGCGGCUGGUGAGCGUCCCCUUCCAGCAACUCCUUGACUCCCGUGUCGAAAUGGAUGUGUCGGUGCGAUUCAUCGAUCCUACGGAGCUUCGAUUGGUCGGAAGGUCCUGCAAAUUUGUGGUCGACAGCUCUGAAAGGCGCUCUGGAAUUAUCUACACGCCGAGACAGACUCUUCCAGACAACACAAUAUGCACGUUCGAGUUCCGGGGCCGCUCACGCUUUGACCGCGUCUGGCUCUACUUCACCAGUUACUUCGUACCAGACAGACAACCAUGGUCCAGUGUCGAAAAAUGUGAUGUAAGUCAAUUGGAAAUCUACGAUUCUCCUGUGUUUGAUACAGGCUUUGUGCCACCACCAGUGCUGCAAGAGAGGUUCCAAUAUGGAAGACAUACUGGAGAAAAAAACGCCAGCGAUCACAGCGCUAUUGCAGGUUUCGUGGGACGCUUCUGUGAGAAGUCAAUACCUCGUAUCUGCAGCCACGCAAACGACUAUCCAAGCCUUGUGCCACCACGUCCAUGCCACGUAGAGACUGAAAGCUACCUGUCUAGCAGCCCGAGAAUGGCACUCUUGUAUAGAGUCUUUGGCAAUGGCGAUGUGACAUCACAGACGAGUUCCUUGGUUGCCCGCUACGAGUUCGUGGACACAUCUCAGAACGGUGCGCCAGUCAACAACAGUCAGUGCGACCGCGUGUUCCGCAGCACAACAAAGUCACGUGGUCGCGUAGCCUCACCGAGAAAUACAUUUUUCUAUGGUCGAGGGGGGCAACAAGACCUCGCCUGCACGUAUCGCUUCCAAGGCACUUCUUCUCAACGUGUACGCCUGCGGUUUGACAAAGUUUUCUUCGCUUCUGAAGGUUGCUCCACGGCGUACGAUCCCACUCAGUUGCGCUACACUUGUAAAUAUGAUAGCCGGCACUUUGUGGCUGCCUUUGGACCGAGUGCUGGUAAACAACGGCAUGCUGAACUCAGGAUCACAGAAUCGUGGUUGGCCAUUUCCAUACCAGCCGGCUGUAUAUGCAGCAACUCCACGUUUUUACCAUCUCCUUUAGAUGUCACAUCGGUGGGCAGUGAACUGCUCCUCAGCUUCGUCAUUGUUGGAAUGACUGUUGAUGAAGAUUUCACAAACUUUGGAUUUGAAGCGAGUUACGAGUUCUUGCCCCCAAAUGACUGCGGUGGAGACACGGGGCUCUUACGAGGAAUUGUUGGAGAAGCAUCACUGGCGCUCACAGCCACUAGCGAUGACAAUGGACUCGCUGGUCCAGGAAUGGGUGCGUAUCGCUCCGGUGUAUAUAAGCGCUGUCGGUGGCUUCUUGAGGCCGCCCCAGAGAAAUUCCUCUAUCUGAAUGUAAUCGGGGGAAAGCGGCAGUCUCGAAACUGCGGGGACAGCCGCCUGCUCGUGUAUUCUGGUGAAGACUUCACGCACACUACGAUCAUCUGUGCCGACUCUAGUAGUCACGACGAAGCGCAGGAAAGCAUAACCGGGGUCGACAUUUUCUCACCUUCCUGGUCCAAUGGCUCUAGCGUGAUGUCUUCGUCGUCGUCAACAAGGCCGGAGCGUUUGCUUCUCGAAACCCUCUGCACGGGAAGUUCCACUCCGUUCAGGGUCAGGUGGAUGGAGGUCACGCGGCCUUUCUUCAAAUCUAACACUGGACAGUCUUUCCGGAACGUGGACUGUCUCUACGAAUGCCCUGAACUGGAAGCCUGCAUUAGCCCUGAACUUUGGUGUGACGGAGAAACGCACUGCCCAUCUGGUUACGACGAGGUGCCAGAGAAUUGUACUCGGUUUCCUACGCUUCCUGUAGCGCUUGGUUGCGUCGGUGCUGUCGCCAUAUUUAUUCUCGCAUUUGCGACGCUAACACUGAUGAGACGUUCUUGCCAGUUUCGCAAAUCCAAAGCCGAUGGCACAGCAUCAGCAACUCGACAUGUUGGAUCAGAGGAAAUGCCCAUGGACAGCAUAUGACAGAAAGCUUCUGAGAAAACGAAAGCUAAACAAAGUUACCGCAUUGAGAACGUCAGUGUCACGGGUAGCAAAAUAUUAAAUGGUCGACAUUCCUAGCAGCUUGUGUUAAUGUCAUGAAAACGGGCGUUACAUAUCAUGCGCAUUUUGUGUAUCGCUGGCUGUGCAAGGAAGGUGCGAGAAUUCAAAAGGACACCUGCAAGCUCAAAUCAGCUGUCUUGUAACGGCGUCGAUUUCUGUACAUCGUAUUCGCAGUUUGGCGUAGUAGAGUGCGAGUUCUGCAAUUAUGAACACGUAUUUUUUUUUUUCAAUCCAAGAGUGGACGGCGGAUUAUGCACAUACUAUGUAACAAUACGGACAAGGCGUAGCUGUUUCGUUUCUCUGCGUUCUGAAGUGCUGUGUCGCCACCGAGCGAGGACGUCUGUAGCGAGAACUGUAAUAACAAAACCUAAAGGAAGGCGCUUUGGUGAGACCUAAAUGACACAAUCUCGCCCUAUCUUUAUGUGUGAAGCCUGUGGCGAGAGUGAAAGAUAUCAUUGCCAUCAUGGCAUAAGGACACCCUACUUUUGGACCACUGUGGAAACUGGCGUGAUGUGUUUUCUGAUGUGAUGUCCCUGAAAUGUGCUAUCUGACUGUCUGUAUUCCAUUGUGUAUUAGAGAGAGUGACUGGAUAUUCCCUAAUUUAUUUUUUAUAGUUUCGGCAAAUUCUGUGUGACCAAACAAAUGAUUUUUAAGUAUUACAGCUUCUCUGGCACUUGAAGAUAUUUUGGCAGAUUGACGAAGUUCUAUUUCUUUGUCAAUAUUUGCGCGUCGUGAGGCAGUUGACCCUUGUCGCUAUCUUGAGUUGCGGGACCGACCGUUGGCCAACGUGCAAGCGUUAUUACAUAAAGCAAGCUCUGUAAAUGUAAAGUGCGUACAAAAUACUUAAGUUACAGGCAUUUUAAGUUUCCGGGGGCACUUCAACUACAAAUAUUCGUAUAUGUGAGGCAUUGCAUGACAAAUUUGGAUUUGUUUCUUGCGUUGAUGAAGUUAUUUUAUAUAUUGGCGACUUUAUUACUGGUAGUUUUACAUGUCAAAUAACUUGUGAUUUCCUUUUUCACUUACGAGCAAUGACGUUACCUUUACAAGUACUGAUUAGCAUUUGCUUAGAAGUUAGUUAUAACUGCGGCAUCUAAUCAAAAUUUUGUGAAUUGUGAUAUGCACUUCUGUACGUACACAUUGAUGACAAGAAAAAGCAGGGCUUGUUUUGAAUAGAUGCGAUUAUAUAAAUUGCCUAUUGUAAGUAUGUCAAGACACCGAUCAUUGCAAAUUAAAACAUAUUUAGAGCAAAAAUACAAGUUACUGCGUUGUUGGGCGUCAUCCUUGAAUAAGUCACUGGGGUUGUAGGAAUAGGCCGUUGAAUUAAUAACAAUAACUUUAGUUAUCCCUUAGGAUGUUAAUUUUAAGGCUAGAUACUGAGUAUGUAUAUCGAACACAGCAACUAAUGGGUGAGAAAGGACGGACCAGAUACAAAUAUUUAGAUGGCUUGUUUGUAUGUGGAAUCUUUCUUAUUUGCCUCGACAAGAAAACAAUUAUUGCUUCAGAUUCGUGCUAUCCAAACAGUUGAUUGUCACUAUGAUAGCUACUUCUUAAGCAGGGUACUGCUACGGUGAACGCAUUAAUUUAUCAUGCUUUAAUUAUGAUCGAUGAACAUGAAAUCGGCACGUCUUUGUUGUAUCCCCUAGAAAUGUAGCGGCUCCCGGAAACAUAUUGCUAAAGAAACAUUCAGUCUGCGUUCAUUAAAUGUUUUCAAUGCCUUGCGACAAACUCAUGCAAAGGGUGGUAGUUUCUCGCUAGAGAUCGACAAGGUUAACGGAAACUGCUGUUGUAGCCCCAAUGUCAACCACUUGUGAUCAACCCAUCUAUGUGCCGUGAGUGUUGUGACCAAAGAAGAAUGUGACUGCCUACGUAUUUUGAACUUCAAUGAGCCCAGUUUUCCGCGAAAAUAAAUAUAAAAUUUUGCUUUUCUUUGUUA